AUGAAUAAUUAAGAAUGUGAUCCUGAUAAAGGGUGCUGGCUUUUGAGUACUUGUGAGAUUGAUGAAAUUAGUCACUCAUGUGUCCAUGAUCCUAUUUUAUAAUUGUCUCUUUACACAGGGUUUGUUUAUUUCUUAAUCCCUAUUCUUUUGGGGACUAGUAUUAUGGGUGGUUUAGGAAGUGGAAUGAUUAAAAGGCCUAUCUUAAAUCUACUAUUGAAUUAUCCAUCAAGCAUUUCAACUCAAGUAGCAGAUUGUUUCUUAUUCACAACAUCAACAUUGAAUUCACUAUUUCUUUUUUUUGAAAAGCAUCCUGAUCAUCAUAAUUUACCAUUAAUAAAUUUUGAUAUAAGCAUAAUCUUAAAUUAAACUAUUCCAUUGGCAUGGAGUGCUGGUGCAUUUUUACAAACCAGAUCACCAAAAUUUGUUAUUUACAUUAUAUAAUUGUGCUUUCUAAUGGGUGCCAUACCAUUUUUGUGGAAAUAUAUGUUAGCAUAUUUAUAGAAAAGAAUAGAGUAGGAUAAGAGAGAAAAUGUAAUAUUGGUCAACUAAAAAAUUAAAACCUAGGAAGAUAUGGCUUCUGAAACAAAUUUUGAUGAAAAGCAGCUAACCUAAUAUUAGAAAUUUUAUAUAAAUGAUCAUAGCAAAUUUUAGAUUAAGAAUUUAUGUUUUAUUUUUGGAUCCUUUUUAGUUAAUUAAACAAUCAUCCUAAUGAGAUCUAAUAAAUAUAACAAUUCUAUAAUUGGUUUAGAUAAAUGUACUCUUGAAAAUAAUCUGAUUCUAUUAGCAAUUCUAGGAAUCAACCUUACUUACACAUUUUUUAUAUAUUGGAGUAAAAGAAACGAAGAAUAUUAUAAAGAUAUAGUGUAAUAUAGACCAAAUUAAAGAUUUUUUAAAGAUAAAAAAUAAUUCUUUUUUUAUUAUAUGGCAGGUUUCUUGGCUGGAUUCAUUACAGGAUUUUUAGGUAUGGGAGGUGGAUUAAUUAUGGUAACCUUUUUAUUAUCAUAAAAAAUAAUCGCAAGAGAAGCAGCUGCUACUGCUGCUUUUGGAUCAUUUAUGAUUUCUCUAAACAGUCUGAUCUAAUUCAUAUUGUAAAAAACUAUAAGUGAUGAGCAAAUGAUUGUGUUUUUCAUUUUAGGAAUUUUAGGUGUGAUAAUGAUAAGCAAGCCUUCAUAUAUUUUUAUGAACAGAUUCAAAGUUGGAUAUAUUAUUUUAAUUGUCGACAUUAUUUAAGUGUCUAUCAAUGUAAUUUCUAUCUUAGCCUUAAUUAUUAUCAAUUCCAUGUUGUAUGGAUUUGAUGCCAUGUUAGAUUACUCCUCUAAUUGUUGA